UGAACAUCCACUCCCACUGUAGUUUAUAGCCCUCUCUUAGUCCGUGAUCAGCCACACAAAGACAAGCAGCAAGAUGAAGAACCUACUGCUUUUAGGAAUUGCUUUGUCGCUUUUCCACAUCAGUCAUUCAAAUACUCCAGCAUUCUGUCAAGAAAAGCCUGAUAUGGGAACGGGCACGCUCUUCAUCUUUUCUGUGUACUAUGACGCUGGCAGGGACCGAUGCAACCCUUUCUUUUAUACUGGUGAAGGAGGAAAUGCUAACCGUUUCAUCACAGAGAGAGAGUGCCUGAGGAACUGCUCCCCCAAUUGGGAAAAUCUGUACCCCACAGAUACAACAAGAGCCUGCCACUUCAAAAAGACAGUUGGUGAAUGCUCCGGUAGCUUCCUGAGGUACUACUACGACUCGAUUCAUGACAAGUGCAAAAAAUUCCUUUGGACCGGAUGCAUCGGAAAUGGCAACAGAUUCUUUGACUUUGAAAGCUGCAAUGCCACCUGUGCCGGCAUUCAUGAUGACGGUGAAGAAGAUGAAGAAGAUGAUUCUGACACUCCUAUUGCAAUCAUCUGCGGAGUUCUGCUUGCUGUCAUUAUUGCUUCCAUCAUUAUCACGGUGACCGUCCUGACAGUAAAGUCAAAGAAAAAGAAGGAGGUGAAGGGGAAGAGGAACGAACCCCCGACUGACUCACCUCUGCAAGAGAGUGCGAUUGAGAUGACAUAAAAAAACAAGAAGAAACAAAUCUCCUUUUGAGCAGGUUUCAGGAACUACUUUUUUCUCCUCUUGAAACCGAAUACAGUACAUCAUGUGACAAAGGAUGACAUUUUCAAGUUCAACAUUGAUUAGUAUCUUCCUUUUUUUUAUUGACCAUCUUUGUUUAAUUUUCUGUCCUGUUUCAUCUCCGCUGUACAGAAGACGAGUAGUAGGGCCAAUGAUUCUUCAGGGGCCCUAAUACUCUACUGUACCAUUGCAUGUGUAAAAAUUGAUGUUUCUUUAACUAGUAUUUCUCUCCUCACAGCUUUACCGUAUAAUUCAACUAAUAAUCCUACAUCAAUCCACAUAGUGUGUUUAAUCAAAUGAAAAUAGGUGAAGGGGUGAUAAAUGAUGAUUAAUCAGUUACUCAAUCACAAGACGAUUAGCAAACAACAUAGUAAGAUGACUCAUCAAUUAAAUCAUUUUUAGGCUAAAACGCCAAACAGUUUUCUUUCUCUCAGCCUCUCAGUCGUUGGCAGAUCUUGCAUCAUUUGACUAAAGUACAAGUAAACUGAACAUAUUUGGGUUUUGAACUGACCCACAAGUAAAGAAGAAAUUUCAGAUCCAAUUGUAAACAUUUUCUUAAUAAGUUAAAGACAUUUUAAAAGCCGAUUAAGUCAAAACAAGGGGAAAUAGUCGUUCACCAAGACCAUUCCCAAAAGAAACAUAUGCAUCCCUCAGAGUUUUUAAAAUCUUAAAAACAGCAGAAAACGAAAAAUAAUCAGAUUUCAGGGUGGUGCUGCUUUGGCCAGGCAGACUCCACAAAAACAAGACCAGUAAAGCUAUUCUAGACAUACUUUGCUAAUUUUUUUAAAGCCCUUUUUUGAGUAUUUAUUCUUGUGUGAUUUAAAGAUAAGUAUAAUGAAGUGGUAAUUCAACUUUGUGUCACACAGUUUUGAAUUGAAAUUAUAUUUGCGAUUUCAAAUCAAAAUUAAGUGGAGCACAGAUUUGAGAUUUUAGACCAAAUUGCUCUCCGCUCACCAAAGUGCAUCAGUUCAAGCUGGCUUAAAAUCCAGAUCACUCAUAUUUCAUUUAAUGAUGUGAUGUUGAUUCAUUGUUUCAACAUUGUAACUGUUAUGUAACCUGGCAGUUUUUUGUAAGUUGUUUAAUGUCUGAAUGAAUGAAGUCAACAACCGGCACUUAUAUUUCUGGAGCUGCUCUCUGUAUGGUGAUGCCAUGCGCACACAGCUUUAUCAGCUUUUCUGGCUUAACAUCUUUUAUUUUUGGCUCAAAAGUGUCAAAUGCAGGUCUUUAUGUUUUACCCAAAGUAUCUUAAGAAUCUUUAAAUAGGCUGUUGUUUGUAUGUUAUCAAAGAAAAGGAGUAUCUUGAUUUCACAGGAUUUUCAAUGUGUUAUUUUAUGACAACUGUGUGAGUGAAGAUCCUUUUUUUUUUUCAUUUUUCAGUGUGUGUGAUAUAAACUUGAGAGAAAAAGCAUGUAAAAUAUUUGAAGGUGCUUUUAUGUUUUCAUUGCAGCAGGGUAGAGGAAAUGUAAAGGUUUUCCUUUGAUGUGUUUGAUUACUACAAUAAAAAAUGCUUGUUUUA